AGCAGCCCCAUUGUUCCCGGCGGAGGCGAAGCUCUGGUUUCUUCUGAAACUGAUGCAGGCCUUGCGGCGGCGGAGGCGAGUCCCGGGGGUGGGGCCGGGCCUGCCCAAUGGGCUCUCGCGGGCGGGGGGCGGGGCUCUAUUUCAGCGGCUCCCGAGGCCGCAGGCGCGUUGCACAUCCCGGGCUCAGUAUGUGGCGCCUAUCCCGCCAUCUGUGUGUGCAGGUUGCAAGGGGGCGCAAGGUCUCAGAACUUUGGAACAAACCUGCAGCCUUCAUGUCCACCCUGCUUAUCAAUCAGCCCCAGUAUGCUUGGCUGAAGGAGCUGGGCCUCCGCGAGGAAAACGAGGGCGUGUAUAAUGGAAGCUGGGGAGGCCGGGGAGAGGUUAUCACUACCUAUUGUCCUGCUAACAAUGAGCCAAUAGCAAGAGUCCGACAGGCCAGUGUAGCUGACUAUGAGGAAACUGUAAAGAAAGCAAGAGAAGCAUGGAGAAUCUGGGCAGACAUUCCUGCUCCAAAGCGAGGAGAAGUAGUGAGACAGAUUGGUGAUGCCUUGCGGGAGAAGAUCCAAGUACUGGGAAACUUGGUGUCUUUGGAAAUGGGGAAAAUCUUUGUGGAAGGUGUGGGAGAGGUUCAAGAGUACGUGGAUGUUUGUGAUUAUGCUGUUGGCUUAUCGCGGAUGAUCGGGGGACCCAUCCUUCCCUCUGAAAGACCUGGCCAUGCGCUCAUUGAACAGUGGAACCCUGUAGGCCUGGUUGGAGUCAUCACUGCAUUCAACUUCCCUGUGGCGGUGUAUGGCUGGAACAGCGCCAUCGCAAUGAUCUGCGGGGACGUCUGCCUGUGGAAAGGCGCUCCAUCAACGUCCCUUAUCAGUGUUGCUGUCACAAAGAUAUUAGCCAAGGUUCUAGAGGACAACAAGCUACCUGGUGCCAUUUGCUCCUUGACGUGUGGUGGAGCGGAUAUUGGCACGGCAAUGGCCAAAGAUGAGCGGGUGAACCUGCUGUCCUUCACCGGGAGCACGCAGGUGGGGAAACAGGUGGCCCUUAUGGUACAGGAGAGAUUUGGGAGAAGCUUGUUAGAACUUGGAGGAAACAAUGCCAUUAUUGCUUUCGAGGAUGCGGACCUCAGCUUAGUGGUUCCGUCAGCUCUCUUUGCGGCCAUCGGGACAGCCGGCCAGAGGUGUACCACUGCGAGGCGCCUGUUUUUACAUGAAAGUAUUCAUGAUGAAGUUGUAAAUCGACUUAAAAAGGCCUAUGCACAGAUCCGGGUUGGGGACCCAUGGGACCCUAAUGUUCUCUAUGGGCCACUGCACACCAAGCAGGCAGUGAGCAUGUUUCUUGGAGCCGUGGAGGCUGCCAAGAAAGAAGGUGGCACAGUGGUGUAUGGUGGCAAGGUUAUGGAUCGCCCUGGAAAUUAUGUGGAACCGACCAUUGUGACAGGUCUUGCCCACAACGCAUCCAUUGCACACACAGAGACUUUUGCUCCAGUUCUUUAUGUCUUUAAAUUCAAGAAUGAAGAAGAGGUCUUUGCGUGGAAUAACGAAGUAAAACAGGGACUUUCAAGUAGCAUCUUUACCAAGGACUUGGGCAGAAUCUUCCGCUGGCUUGGGCCAAAAGGAUCUGACUGUGGCAUUGUGAAUGUCAAUAUUCCAACGAGUGGAGCUGAGAUUGGAGGUGCCUUUGGAGGAGAAAAGCACACCGGUGGUGGCAGGGAGUCUGGUAGUGAUGCCUGGAAACAGUACAUGAGAAGAUCUACUUGUACCAUCAACUACAGUAAGGACCUUCCUCUGGCCCAAGGAAUCAAGUUUCAGUGAAAAUACUUUAAGUUGACAUUAUUUCAAGUCUUUUAGGCAUUCUUGCAGCUCUUUCUUUCGAAGAAGACAAAGAAAAUUAAGAUUUGCCCUGAAUAAAUGCAUCAUUUUGGAAAUGACAGUGGUUAAUCCCUUAUGCCCCUGAGGUCCUAACUAAAUCAAGACACUCAUUUUUUAAAAAAUAUAAAUAAAAUUAUCACGACAUAGCCAUAUUUAGUAAAAGAUAGACUAGAUGGAUUUUUAUGUCACUAGUAGUUAUUGGUUUUUUUAAGUUGAUGAUUAUUUUAUAAUAGUACACGCCAUGGUAGGAAUUUGGAAAAACACAGAACAUGAUCGAGAAGAAAAUGAAAAUCUCCCAGUAGAUGCAGGAACGUCUGAGCAAGUAAGGAAUUCUCUGGCGAGUGUGGCUCCCCGUUGCCGCCCUCCAGCCUGUGUUGGAAAGCGUGUGAUUGAAAGGAAGUAUCUCUCCUGUACAGGGCACCAUAGCACAAUAUCCCCAUGAGAGGACUUGCUUUGUUUCAAAUGACUUAGGGUAGCCAUCAGCAUUACUACUUCUCUUGCUUAUACUGACUUGUGUCACCCCAGAAGAAAUCUGUGGGGAAGGCGUAGGUAUCACUCAUGCUUGAGAACCUGUGCCUGCCGAGGACUGCGCCUGGGUUUCUCAUGCAGCCUGAGGCUCUUUUCUUUAGCUGUUAGGUUUCUGCAGUGGCCUUUGGGUUUGUUCUCAGGGAAUAGCCACAGUGUGUAUGGCAGUGUGGGUGGUCGUGACCCGGGCAAAGUUUACUUCUCUUUGCCCAGAGUCCGCUUCCUUCUCUGAGAAGCUCCCAGGAGCCUUUGGGGUGGUUUAGCCCAGGGCACCUGUGGAGCUCACGCUGCCUCCUACGACUCCUCUGUCUUCCUGGCGGCCUACGCUCCCCCGAUGGGUGGCAGCCGUCACCCCCUCUUCGGCCAGAUUGGACUAGGGCAGAAGCCUUUGAAGGUGACAUUUGUAGAUGACCCGAUGCAUCAGGUGUAUGGAGAGAUUUGAACAACUCGCAGUUGGGGGUUGAGAUAUGACAGAGAGGCAAGCAAAUGAAAAAACCAAGCAAUUCUACACUUAAUAAGGGAAGAAAAGGGAUUCACAUGUUUCAUGGCCCCGCUGUGACCAGUGUUCACAAGUACGCUGUUGUCAACCUUGAAUGUCAAGCCAAAUGCUGAUGAUCCACCUUUAGAGAGCAUGUUGGCAGGAAGAAGUCAGGGGUGAGGGUAGGUUAGAACGGCGGACAGGUCUUUGUCCUGUAGUGGAAAAUCCAUAAUACCUAAAAUUACAAAAGGGAAAAAAAUAGCAACAUGGGCUUAUAAAUGUAGGGAGGUAAAUUCUCAAUCACUGGGGGAGGGUAAUUGGGGGGUGGGGCAUGGACAAGACAGAUCGCUAUUUUUCAUAGCUAGGCUUGUAGAGCUUUUUGACUCUUAAGAGAAUGUAUAACUGAUUAAAAAUUAAAA